GGCAUGACCGUCUCGUUUGUGCGCACGAGGGGUCUCAAAGCAUUGAUGACAUACAGCGGGAGAGCAGCAUCCGCCGGACAGAGGGGCAAUCAAAUGUAAAACGAACGAUUCCAUCCUGCAGCGUUUCCAUAGCACUAGCCUCCUAUACAUUCCUUUUGAUGUUUCUAUCACGAAUGAAUCGAUGACGAAGAAGAGUAAGAAGGAAAAGGAAGAUUGGAGGAGAUUCGCUUCUCUCAUAACUGGGUACCGGUGACCUAUUAGUCAAAAACGUCAAACGAGAAUAGCCGCACCAUCAUCUGUCGCGUCUGUUUGUCGUGAGAUGACAAAGUGAAGUGGCGGAUCAUGUCUCAGAAGAAGAUAUUUCUGGUCUUUGUGGCAAUCAGUACCGUCAGUCUACUGCUGCACCAUGGGGGCCAUUUCAGCUGGACGAUGGAAGCCUUUCACCUCGGCUGUCCGUCACUACGCACCCAGCUGUCCUCCUCUCUCAAGCCCAAACACACCAACGUGGCCUUCCUCAAGACGCACAAGACGGCCAGCACUACCAUGCAGAAUCUGCUCUUCCGCUUCGCAGAGCGCAACAACCUGACAGUGGCGCUCCCUGUGCAGGCCUGCGGACACCAGUUCUGCUACCCGCGCACCUUCAACGCCCACCUCGUCCACCCGCACACCCUGCCACCCAACGUGGUCACCAGCCACAUGCGCUUCAACCGGGCCGAGAUGCAGCGCCUCAUGCCUAACGAUACCAUCUACGUGACCAUACUUCGAGAACCAGGGUCCAUGUUUGAAUCGUUGUUCAGUUACUAUAACCAGUACUGUCAGAGUUUUAAGAGAGUUCCCAAUGGGUCCCUGGAGGCAUUUCUGGAUGAGCCGUGGCGGUACUACCGUCCUGACGAAAAGGACUCCAUGUACGCCCGUAACACGCUGACUUUUGACCUUGGUGGGGACAAGGACCGUCCGGCGGCAGACGUGACAGCGUACGCCCGGGCCUUUGUGGCCGAGACAGAACGCGUCUUCUCCCUGGUGAUGAUCGCCGAGUACUUUGACGAGUCGCUGGUCCUCCUCCGUCACCUUCUCUCCUGGGACCUGGAAGACGUGCUCUACGUCAAGCUCAACAUGCGGAUGUCCGGCUCCAAGCACAGCCUCUCGCCAGGCCUCCCCUUCAAGAUCCGCGCCUGGAACGCCUUGGAUGCACGCCUCUAUGAUCACUUCAACGCCUCCCUGUGGCGCCAGCUGACUGCCCUGGGCCCGGCGUGCGUGGCCAGGGAGGUGCGGUUGCUCCGCAGGGCCCAGGAGAGGCUGGUGAGGGGCUGCUUCGGAGGACGGCUUCCCCAGCUCCGCUCUGCUGCCCAGAUCAAGAACAAGGAGCUGCGGCCGUGGCAGCCCAGCGCAAAGGUGGACAUCGUGGGCUACGACCUGCCGACCAACACCAACGCCACGUGGCCCGGAAGCCUGGCCCACGAGCUGUGUCUGAAGCUCAUCAUGCCAGAGGUCCAGUACACCAGGGUCCUGCUUCGAUCGCAGUCGUUACGCUACCGACGCAGCUACCCGCUCCGCUCCCCUCAGCCCCAGCCGCAGCAGCCCGUACGGUCGGUCCUGCCACGCCACCAACAGGUGGGGAUACAGCAGAUUCACCGGGAGACCCUUCCUCCAGGACCUGGUCCCGCCUCUAGCCCCACAGCCACCUCUCGACCUGCAGGGACCCAGAGCAGGGCCACCAGGGUGGGGCUAAGGCCCUCGGGCCCCCAGAUGCAGACGCCAUAACUUAAGACUGCACCAGCCUUGAAUAUAGACUGAAUACAGACGGACUGAAUACAGACAGAUUAAAUACAGGCAUGCAGCCAGACAGACAGACUGUCCUCCAGACUUCAGCCAUUUGUCCCCAGGAACUGUAUCAGGUGGUUCUGGAAGAGAUAGGGAGAGGGGGGGACACCACCAGAUUGGGGCUGGAGAUUGGGGUAGGACCCCAGAGCACUCUCAUUAAUUACAAACUCUGUAUGGAACAAUAAAGAACUGUUACUCUCGCUUUAUCUCUCUCACUCUCUAAUGCCAUACCCCCCUCCUAAACCUUGAGAAGAUCUUGAUGAUGACAGUGAGAGAGGGUCACCGCUCCGGGUCCGUGUCCUCCGAGAAUCCAACCCUCUAAGCCUUCUCCAGAGAGGAAAACCAUCCAGUUCUGGGCCUCUCACCCAAUGACUUUACCCCCUCCCACUGAGUGUUAGGCCCCAGGACAGAGGUCAAAUGUCAAAAAUUAGGCCAGCGGUCCUUAGACUGACCCCGGCCCAAUUCCUCCCCCCCUCCACACACACACACACACACACACACACACACACACACACACACACACACACACACACACACACACACACACACACACACACACACACACACACGCUCGCAGCCCUACACCAACUCUCUCCCUCCUGCCCACCCUGCUUAAGAACAUCUCUCUCUGCUUCUCCGACCCCAGCUCAUCUAUCUCUCCCCUCCACCAGCAACUGAACUAGACCAUGGCGGAUGCUGCUGACAAAUGGGAUGUUUUUAGAUAUGGGAAUUGUACGUGUGUGUGUGUGAAAGCGUUUUUCCUAUGUAUUUUGUUAAUCUGGGGCGUUAUCGCAAUAAAGUUUUAUGUAAAGUCUUAUGUAAAGGUAGGGAUCUUAUAACCACCCGACACACACACACACACACACACACACACACACACACACACACACGCUCGCAGCCCUACACCAACUCUCUCCCUCCUGCCCACCCUGCUUAAGAACAUCUCUCUCUGCUUCUCCGACCCCAGCUCAUCUAUCUCUCCCCUCCACCAGCAACUGAACUAGACCAUGGCGGAUGCUGCUGACAAAUGGGAUGUUUUUAGAUAUGGGAAUUGUACGUGUGUGUGUGUGAAAGCGUUUUUCCUAUGUAUUUUGUUAAUCUGGGGCGUUAUCGCAAUAAAGUUUUAUGUAAAGUCUUAUGUAAAGGUAGGGAUCUUAUAACCACCCGACACACACACACACACACACACACACACACACACACACACACACACACACACACACACACACACACACACACACACACACACACACACACUGGACUCAACCCGUUGUUGGUUAUGCAAGCCUGCUAAAAGACAUGAUGAGUGAGAGCUACAGUGUUUGAAUAUUUAAUUAUGUAAUCUUAAUGAGGCUCUCUUUGGACAGACCUUCCACUUGGGUUACCCAGUGAAACACACACACACACACACACACACACACACACACACACACACACACACACACGCUCGCAGCCCUACACCAACUCUCUCCCUCCUGCCCACCCUGCUUAAGAACAUCUCUCUCUGCUUCUCCGACCCCAGCUCAUCUAUCUCUCCCCUCCACCAGCAACUGAACUAGACCAUGGCGGAUGCUGCUGACAAAUGGGAUGUUUUUAGAUAUGGGAAUUGUACGUGUGUGUGUGUGAAAGCGUUUUUCCUAUGUAUUUUGUUAAUCUGGGGCGUUAUCGCAAUAAAGUUUUAUGUAAAGUCUUA